AUGCUGCCAUGGUCGGAUGACUGGGGGCGCACGUGUCCAUGGCGUUGCAAUCGAGGGUCUCCGCCGCAGCCCUGCGUCCAGCCGCCCGCACAAUGGGGAUUCGUGCCGCAUCAGCAACCCAUCUACCCCGCUGUCAUCGACCAGGAAACGACAAUGGGUGAAGUACUUGGGCAAGACAGCCAUUCCUUCGUAUCAAGACAUAUGAAGCGUGAUCUGAAGAGCUGAGUGGACAGGAGGGAUGGUCAAAGAUGCAAGAGCAAAAAGUGACACUGGUAACGAUUUCCACUCAUAACUUCCCGAUACUCUUCAUUGACCGACUUGAUUGACAGACAACUAUCUGCCAGUGCCCACAAGAAGUGAAAUGGAGAAGACCAUCAAGGAAUUUACUUACCAGGACUCCCAUCGUUAGGCGCCAGAGUGCUUUGAGUUGUUGGAUAACAGUCCGGCCAGCGACCUGUGGGCCGUCGGAGUCGCCAUGUGCGGACAGGACAGCAACCACAAACACACACACACUCAUGUGCAUGUGUGGAUGUCUGUCGCGUGUGUGUCCCUCUUUCAGAUACUACUUGCUCACCGGCCGGUAUCCCUUCAGUGUGCGGGGCGACGGCAGCAUCUCCAAAGGCCUCCUGAGGGAAAUGAGGCAGGUCAGUCGGCAACAGAGGAAGGGACAGAUUGGCCAUCCAUCCAUCAAGGCACCCAUGUGUGUCUGUGGUGUGUGGGUCAGGGAGUGCGCUUCCGUGCGACUGACGAGGUGUCACCGGAGGCCGCGGACAUUGUCGUCGGCUGCUGA